GGUUCUUCAGUAUCACUCUGGACACGUUUGGUAUCGGCAGUUUCCAAACGAUCAUCUUUUAGAAAUAUCUACUAUUAUUUUUGAGAACGGAAUUUUGUAUUUGAUUUUUUGUGUGAUUUCAAGCAAUCGUAUUUUAAUAUCCGGAAUGAUUUCCUGCGAACGAGUAAUUAUAUUGAUCCUCGGGAUGGCCUUUUUUGUAACAUCAGGUUCCGCCUUACGUUGCUGGAUUUGCUCGUCCAACGUAAAUGUCAUGUGCAAUGACCCUCUGAACACCACAGACCACCAAGCUGCGUUUCAUAUCAGAACCUGCGAUACGGGUCAUUAUAGCUCCUCGAAAGCUAUUUGCCGAAAAAUCGUUAAGCAAGAUAAUGGCGAACGAAUUGUGAUACGUCAAUGUUCCACGCCGUAUCACGAUGAGGUUGAUGUUGUUGACGGCCUAUGCGGCAAUUCCAUGACACAGCCAGGACGCGGCGUCAUCGAAUCGUGCCACAUAUGUAGCACUGACGAGUGCAACUCCGCGACAGAUGCGUCUGCGUCACGACUCCUUUAUAUUGGCGCGUUGAUAUCCUUUGGCUAUAUUUUCCACCAAUCAAAAUAUGGAGUUUUUUAAUUUAAUGAGUGAUGAUCAAUGGAUUAUUACAUAUUUUUAUUAGUUGUGUCAGAGUAGCUAAUGAAAGAAAAGAAAACUUUCACACAAUAGCUACGAAUACUUAAUGUCAUACUCAAUUUGUGACUAACAAUUUUUUUUUCUCUGCGGACUGAUUAUUUGAUUGGAUGAUUUGAAAGAUAUAUAAAAAUAAUAUAGAUUAAGAAAGAAAUAUAUGUGUCAUAUAUAAUCUCACUCGAUGUAAUUCAAUUAUUUUUCGCGAACGAAAAUUAUGAAUGAAAUAAGCGCGCAAUUUUUAAAAGUAAUAUUAAUUCAUCAAUUAAUGUUGUAAGUACAAAAUAAAGAAUGUAAUAUAAUUA